GCGUCUAUCCUCCACUUAAACGAGGAGGCGGGUCCAGCGCAGCCAAUCAACACCCGGCAUGCAACACUGGCUGAAUGCUGAUUGGUGGAGGACUCGCCUGGCAUUGUAGACAGGGUGUGUAUGUGUGCGCGAGCCCCGCCUCCUCCGCCCUCAUAAAGCGCAGUGGAAAUUUCCGUCCUGAUCUCAGUUCUCAUUCAAACCUCUGGACCCGGACCAUCGUCUCAGGAGACCCUCCAACUAUCAGCGAAUCCUCCCGAACUCUGCUCAUCGCGUUCACUGGAACUCACUUGAAUCCGCAUCUCUCAGUUUCUGCAUCUUCGCUUCAUCGUCAACAAUCUCAAGGUCGUCAUGUCUCAGCAACACCUCAGCCUUCCAGCCAAGCUCAUUAAUGGAGGUAUUGCUGGCAUCGUUGGGGUCACAUGUGUCUUCCCUAUCGACUUGGCAAAGACCAGGUUACAGAACCAGAGGCACGGUCAGCAGGUCUACAAGAGCAUGAUGGACUGCCUUGUGAAAACAGUUAAAUCAGAAGGCUACUUUGGCAUGUACAGAGGCGCAGCAGUAAACUUGACACUGGUCACCCCGGAGAAGGCCAUCAAGCUGGCUGCUAAUGACUUGUUUCGCCACCAUCUUUCUAAGGAUGGAAAGGGGCUGACUUUGUUUAAAGAGAUGCUGGCAGGCUGUGGUGCAGGAAUGUGCCAGGUCAUUGUCACCACACCCAUGGAGAUGCUGAAGAUACAGCUGCAGGAUGCAGGCAGACUCUUGGCUCAGCAGCAAAAACCAGUCAUGAUGUCUCCCACAAAGCUCGUGGCCACUAACACAGUGCUCACCCGCUGCUACAACUCUGGCACGGUGACCUCGGCACCACGAGCUGUGUCCGCCACUCAGAUUGCAAAGGAGCUGCUUCAAACUCAGGGCAUCCAGGGGCUCUACAAGGGACUGGGGGCAACACUGAUGAGGGAUGUCCCCUUCUCCAUUGUCUACUUCCCAUUGUUUGCAAACCUGAAUCGCCUGGGCAAACCCUCCCCAGAGGAGUCGUCACCCUUCUACUGGGCUUUCCUCUCAGGCUGUGCAGCAGGUUCCACUGCUGCCGUGGCUGUUAACCCCUGUGAUGUGGUGAAGACCAGGUUGCAGUCACUGAACAAAGGGUCCAGUGAGGAGACAUACAAUGGUGUUGUGGACUGUGUGAGUAAAAUCAUGAGGAAGGAGGGACCAUCUGCAUUCCUGAAAGGAGCCGGCUGUCGGGCUCUGGUCAUCGCUCCUCUCUUUGGAAUUGCACAAGUUAUGUACUUUCUUGGCGUUGGAGAAUACAUCCUGGACAACUCGCCCCUGGGCCUCCUGUAGGCGUGAAACCACAUCAGUUCACUGUCUAUGCAUACGACCUUCUGGGCAUAAAUGAUGUAACAACAGGCAGCUGCAUACCAACCGUUUAAAGCAAAAGAGAAAAUAAUGACACACGGCUUGUUUGACAAGUUCAAAAAGGCUUCAAGGUGUAAAGACACAUUUCAUCUUUUGUGUGCGCUGACAGCUGUGUUGCACUUCAAACACUUUUCACUCUUGUUCAGUGGGGCUGUGGCCACCGUUAGCUCGAGCUGUUAGCCUUACUGAGUUGAGGGACUCAGAGUCGCAGUGUUCUGUGUUUGUCCCGAGACUGUCCUAUUGUGUUUCCCUCUGUGAGGGCGUGGUGCUCACUCCAUCAAAGAGACCGACGUGUUUCAUGUUGUCACAUUUCGUAUUGGUUCUUGUACGUGAGCUAGAGAUUUAUUCAGAGUUGCUGAAUGCAGUAGCUUGCAUUAUUUUCUGUUUGUGCGUCUUUCUUCCUUUUCCAUUGUUGUCUCAUGUUUCACUUUGGAACAGAAGGCUUCAAAUGAGGAAACAAUGGAACCUAUUUACAUACAUUUCAUUUAAAGGGAUCUUUUAAUUUUUUUUUUACUUCACUAUACAGCAAUUCUGUGAUAUACAUUUGGACUGAUCGUGAACCUUCCUUGUGACGUGGGACCAGACGGUUUGUCAAACCAUGAGUAGUGUCCUGCUUAAUACUUGACGUUAGCGCUUCUGUUGUUUCGUAGUUUGUAAACAACAGUCUUUGUAUCUUAAUAUCUGCAGAAUCUUGAUGCAUCCAUGCACAUUAUAUUGUAUAAGUGUGUGUUUGUUCACAUACCCUCAGUUUAGGGACUUGCAUAUCCAGACCUACCAUCUCAAUCACUGGUUACUGUGUUUUAUGCCUUAACAGUGAAAGUCGGCAUUUCUUUCUGAAGAAAUUGUGCUCUUGGCCAAAAAACAGCAUUAUUACUAAUGUUACUGUGAUCAUGUGACAAAUGACUGUUACCUUUGUGUUUGAUGGCUUCUGUACAUAGUGUGUGUAUAUAUAUAUAUAAAUAUAUUGCAUUAAAACCUGCAAUCC